AAGCCGGUCACUACUCUAACAGUCAGAACAUGAACAAGUUCAUCGUCGCGGUUUUCGUUUCGGUCAUCGCAGGAGCUUUGGCCGACUACGGUGCGCCGCCACCACCCAAGUACGAGGCCCCCAAGGGAGGAUACGAGUCCAGUGGCGGCUAUGGUGCUCCAGCUAAGGGAGGAUACGAAUCGAGCGGAGGUUACGCUGCCCCAGCAAAGUACGAGGCCCCGAAAGGAUACGCAGCACCUCCUAAAUACGAGGCACCCAAGGGAUACGCAGCACCAGCACCGAAAGGAGGCUACGGAGGUGGUGGUGGCUACGCACCGGUUGUGCACACUUACGCCGCGAAGGCUCCUUCGGUGAAAUGCGGAGCUAGUCUGUUGGUUGGAUGCGCUCCCAGCAUAUCUAAGGUACCAUGCAUCCCAAGCAAGGGCGGAUACGGUGGCGGCAGCAAGGGUGGAUAUGGAGGCGGAAAAGGUGGAUACCGUGCCCACAUGGAGCACGAGGAAGAAGCCGAUGAGUUCGAGGAAUAAGCGCUAGCAGUGGAUAAAUGGCUAUAGGGACUGAACAUUACGCAAUGGGUACGCAAAUUGGUUAAUAAAACACUAUUUAAUGGAA